AGGGAAUUGGAAGUUGUAAUUUAUGAUCAUCAUCCAUCACUUAAUCCAGACUUUGAAUAUCCACUUCAACAUGGUGAUGUAACAGUUGGACUUGUUUCACAAACUCUGAUUAAUGGUGUGCCAAUAUUUGUUGGAUCUCCAGGCCAGGGUGCCAUCAACAAUGCAUCGACAUUCAGCAGCUGGUUCGUAAACACACCAGGCAUCAACAUGCCAAUCGUCGACAAGCUCCAGCUGUAUCCAGCACCAAACGACGAGAGCAAGUACACCAUAUCCAACGGCAACUUCUUCCCCAUCGAUAACCGUGGCUUUGAUGCCAUCAAGAAUGAGGACGGCACGUGGAAGUACCAGCGCUACACCGACCGCUGGUCACAGUACAGCUACAACAAGCAGGACGCGCUCAAUGGCCAGUACCACAACUUCCACUUCUGCAUGCAUGCCAGCGCCACCUUUGACUACAAGGGCACCGAGCUGUUCAGAUUCGAGGGUGACGACGACGUGUGGGUCUACAUCAACGGCCAGCUGGUCGUGGAUCUUGGUGGCAUCCAUCAGCAAGCCAACUACACGCUGGACUUCUCCACAAUCGAGAACAUUGAGAAGGGUGACCGUUGCAAGUUUGACUUCUUCUAUUGUGAGCGCCACACUGAUCGCUCCGAGAUCAAGAUCGAGACCGAGCUGGACCUGUACUGUUCAUACCGCGACUACUGUGGCAUGUGCCAGGGCACUGGUGGUUCGUGCUGCAACCCCGACCGCGACUGUGAUGAUGGCGAUCCCUGCACUAAGGACCUCUGUCCAACCGACUACAAGAACGACACGCUCAAGAAUGGCAAGUUUGGAUGCCAGUACCAAGACAUGAAUUGUGGCAAGAGUGACAAGUGCACUAUCAACACCUGUGCCAAGGGCCAAUGCCAGCAGAAGUUGGUCAACUGCGACGACAAUGACAUGUGCACAGAGGACCACUGUGACCCAGUGGCCGGAUGCACACACAUCAGAAAGGAUUGUGAUGAUGGCAACCCUUGCACACUGGACACGUGUACAGCAUCCAGCGGACAAUGCCAGCACCAACAGAUCGACAACUGCACCAGCUGUCCAUGUCCACAGGCCACCAAGUGUGACACUUUCAUCUGCCACUCCAGUUCAUCGUGCAGUGUCACGCCAAAGAUUAUCUCGGAUGACAACAUGUGCACCCAGGACAAGUGUGACGCUCAGACGGGUGAGAUCAAGCAUACCGCCACACAAUGCGAGAGCGAGGAUCUGUGUCAGGUGCCAUCAUGUGAUCCAGAGUCCGGACAAUGCAUCCUGACGCCAAUCGACUGUGAUGACUCCAAUGCCUGCACGCUGGACUCUUGUUCUGAGGGUGAGUGCGUCCACUCGCACUUUGACUGUGACGACCAGGACCCUUGUACCGUCGACUCUUGCAAGACUGAUUCCUCGGGCAGCAACUCGACCUGUAUCCAUACGCCAAUGGUGUGCAAGGCUGCCAACGCCUGUGAGGUCGCCUUUUGUAAUGCCAGUGGAGUGUGCUCGGUGAAGCAGUUGGAGUGCCCAGUCUCUGACACGUUCUGCAAUGUGUCUGCGUGUGACGUCAAUGCCGGCUGCAUCAUGGUGCCACGCGCAUGCAUCCCUGAGAACGCCGCGUGUCAGAAAGGCACGUGUAGCGAGGAGAAGAAGCAGUGCGAGUACCGCGACUUUGACCCCAAGCCCUUCAAGUGUCAGCCAAUCGCCGUGCAGGGCGCCGUCAUUGGUACUGCGGCAAUAGUUGGCAUUGCACUGGGAGCUGCGGCAGCAGUAGCCCUGGCAGCAUACGGUGGCAAGAAGACCUAUGACUACUGGAAGAACCAACAAAACAACAAGAUGCAGUCGACCAACCAGAACCCAUUAUACAAAGACAAUCCACAGAGUGGCACGAAUCCAUUCUAUGGCAAU